AUGAUGACCUUUAUGGUAUGCAUGUUGACGGCCCUGAUGGGUGUUGUGGUCGCACAGAAGUUCCCCUUAUCGCCGACGUUCCGUUGCAAUCCGUUGGAGGGGAAAUUCUGCCGUCCCGAUGUCUGCGAGAAUGCCACGUGCCAGCUGCUGCCGACCGCGCUCUGUGUGUCCGACAAAUGUGGAUGCCGGAAGCAGUUCUACUAUUACGUCCGGGAGAAGAACACCUUCUUCUGCGUGACGAAGCUGUGCCAGGCCGCCACCGACAUGGAAGAAUCGCAGAGUUUAAUGCGGAAGGUACUGGGUAAAGACCAGACGCUGCUGAACAUCAUCUCCCAUAACCCCGCCCUGGUCAGCUACCUACUGCAAGGAAACAACAUGUUCGGCACGGAUGUGAAGAAGAGCGUGGUGGAUCACCUGAAGGCGGUGGCCGAGCAGGAGCCGACCGACGCCAAUCUGCAACGCUACCAGACGGCGCUGCACGAACUCAACGCCGCCACACGCACACCGCCGGCGACCAAUACCAGCGCGACUAACGAUCCAGAGUGGAACUUCUGGUCAUUGCCAAAUGACCCCGAGCAGGAGCAAGAUAAUUCGUGA